GAUGUGAACCGUUACCGUUGCUGCUUACAAUCAGGUGAGGCCAACUGCUGACAAAGGUGUGCAAGCUCACAGUUCUACAUUUUUGUAGUCUGCGUAUUGCUGCAUAUGCUUGAACAAGUUUUGCGUAUGCGUGAAGCCGAUGCAAUGACUGUCAAUGCGACAUGGUCUUCGAGAAUAUUGCGCGAAUUGCAGAAAGAAUUUCAGUUUUUGUCUAGAUCUUCAUUUGUGAUUGUCCUAAGUAUCUGUGCUCAAGUGUGUGAGGCCAUUCUUAUGAUUUUUGUCAGCCGACAUAUCGAUUCAAUACCUUGGAGAAUUGCUGGCACUAUACUCUGUCAGUUUCCUGGAGUUUUCAUGGCCCCGGCACUUCUUUUGCAAUCGUGGCGUAUCUUCACUGAACGUUCCACAGACGAAUCCGAGUUUUGUCGGGUCCCGCUGAACUCGGUCACCAAAGGCAUCCCAAGAUUGUCUUCCCAGCUUUUGGGUUGGGAUAUCACCGCGUGUUGGAAAGAAGAAAGAGAUACUGACGAGGGAAGUUUCCCCGGCCUGCGCCCAAUCAAAACUCUAGCCAAAUCUACUACCUGCGGUGAAAGUCUGGUCUCAUCCCCUGAUAUAUCUGUCGAGAAUAUUCACAUUACCCGCUCAACUGUCAUUACUCAAGAUGUCAUCCGAGUCUGAUGCUAUAUAUGGAUAUAUAUAAACUUGACUGUUACUAUAUCAUCUAUUGGGUAUUCUGUCUUGAUAUACCUUUGCAAUAUGUUGGUUUUUUUGUAUGUUGUGUAUGAUUGUGAAUGUAACUGGAGGUGACUGUGUAGGCCAUGAUGGAUGACUUGGCAUACUUAAUUGAUCAUACCUCAAAGCUUCCAAUGAUAAUCAAUCUUUUCUUUUGACCAUAAUUUUUGUC